UAAGGAGGAUGGAGUCUCGGGUCCGUCCACUUACCAAUUGUCCUGCAUCAGCACCGAGGUGAUAGCAGAAUCAUAGUCUCGCGUCCGCCGUUUAGCGAUUGUAUAACAUCAUUCAGCAACCAUGUCUGCAGAUAUUCCACCACUUGUAGCGGAUCGCGUGAGCCAGAAGGCGAGGGAUACACUUGAUCUCGUCAAAAAGUUCGUCGAGGAAGAAUGCAUGCCCGCCGACGCCGUAGCGCGAGCCCAGAUGGAGAAGCAGGGCCAGAGAUGGGGCGUGUAUCCGCCGGUGAUCGACGACCUCAAGGCCAAGGCGAAGAAGCUCGGGCUGUGGAACAUCUUCCUAAGCAAGACGCACUACGCCGAAGGCGCCGGGUUGACCAACCUUGAGUAUGGACUCAUCGCGAUGAUUCUCGGGAAAUCGUCGCUCGCAUCGGAGGCUGUCAACUGCGCUGCUCCCGACACGGGGAACAUGGAGGUCCUCGCAAAGUAUGGGACGGAUGCGCAGAAGAAACAAUGGCUCGCGCCGCUCCUUGAUGGAACGAUCCGCUCGGCCUUCCUCAUGACCGAGCCCAAAGUGGCCAGCUCGGACGCGAAGAAUAUCUCGUUGAAAAUGGAACGCCAAGGCAACGAAUACGUGUUGAACGGCCAAAAAUGGUGGAGCAGCGGAGCGGGCGAUCCCCGAUGCAAGAUUUAUAUCGUGCUUGGGAAGACCAACCCGAAUGCAGCGAGCGCCUGGGAACAGCAUUCCGUCAUUCUGGUGCCGGCUGGAACUCCAGGCGUUAAGAUCGAACGCUACUUGAGCGUCUACGGCUAUGACGAUGCGCCUCAUGGACACGCUGAGAUCACCUUCGACAACGUUCGUGUCCCGGCGUCGAGCCUGGUCCUUGGAGAAGGCCGUGGCUUCGAGAUCAUUCAAGGACGGCUGGGUCCCGGCCGUAUCCAUCAUGCCAUGCGAUCUCUCGGCUCGGCCGAGCGCGCGUUGGAGCUGAUGAUCGCUCGCGUGAACGACCCGAACCGCAAGACCUUCGGCAAGCAGCUCAACCAGCACGGCGUCAUCAUGGAAUGGAUCGCCCGGUCCCGCAUGGAGAUCGACGCUGCGCGGCUCGUCGUCUUGAACGCGUCCAUCAAGAUCGACGAGACCGACGCAAAGGGUGCGCAGCGCGAGAUCGCCGCCGCGAAGGUCAUGGUGCCGGCCAUGGCGCUUCAGGUGAUCGACCGCGCGGUGCAGAGCCACGGCGCAGCGGGCGUGUCGCAGGAUACGCCGCUAGCGUCGAUGUGGGCGCACAUGCGAACUGUGCGGAUUGCGGACGGGCCGGACGAGGUGCAUCUACAGCAGAUGGGACGCAAUGAGAAUAAGAGGAAUCAGGCGAUCCUGGGCAAGUUUGAGCAGCAGAGGGAGAGGGUGCGGCAGAAGUUGAGGGAAUAUGGGUUCGAGCCUAAGUUGUAAUGGCAGAAUCCCUAGCUCGUCCCUCCGGCUCGAUAUCGGUACUCCGGUAGAAAGGAAUCGAUUUGACUUGGUCUAUGGUAGAUGGACAUCGUUCUUCCUCUUGACCGAAAUUAGGGAACCAGAUGCUAAGAAAAUCCGCGUUCGAUAUUAAUAUACCGUCGGUGCUCCUACAGAAAUUCAGACAUUGGACCUUUUUUUCGUCACAGCCAUAGGAAGAAGUCUUGUAUCGCGACACGUGAUUGGCUAUGGACGGCGC